AUGCCCGUGCCUGACAGCAGCGGUAGCGAUGCCUCGACGCCAGCGAUCCAUGAGCCUGAUGGGCAGGUGGCCUCGCCAAGGCCAGCGGCGACAGACGCACCGCCCAGCACCUACACCGGUGGCGGCUUGUGGGGCUGGCUGCGGGCGCAGCAGCAGCGCACAGCGGAUCUGCGGAAGCGGCUGGCCUCGCUUGGACUGGCGGCGGCGCUGUCCUAUGGCAUCUUUGAUGCCAUGACAUACACCAUUGCGUUCAGCCUGGCCUUCUUGGGCUACGAGGCCCGCACGGGGCUCAACCCCACCCAGAACGUGGCAGACAUUGUUAAGAUCUGCAUCCUGAUGUGGGCGGGCAACAACGUGACGCGGCCCUUCCGCCUGGCCGGCGCCGCCGCCCUGGCCCCCUUCAUGGACCGCCUCAUGGAGCGGCUGCAGGGGCGGCUGGGGCUGAAGAGCAAGGCGGGCGCCUUUGCCAUCCUGGUCACCCUCAUCGCAGGACUGGCUUUCUCCAUACAGGGCGGCCUCUUCCUGUCGCGCUGGGUGCGGGGCUGA